AUGAAAUUCAUCAUCCUCUGCCUUUUCGCCCUCCUCCAUCUCGCCGCCGCCGCGAAGUCCAAAUGGUACAACGCCGGCUGGCCAGUGGGCGAUAAAUCGUGGAAGCCCACGGACUACACCUUUGCGCGCGAGACCGGCAUCGACAGAUACCGGCUCUACGAUGCCGGCGGUCGUAUCUACACGUACCAGCUCGAUAUUCACGUUGCCGAUGGCGAAAGCGGCUGGUUGCGGACAUACGUCUUCGAAGACUCGACUGCCGACGAGUACACCAUUAAUGCCUUCAGAGAUGGCGAGCACAGCGUGAGCUUUAAUUCCGAGGAUGCGUAUAUUCUUCGGGUUAAGGAUACUGAGACUUGGUAUGUUGAUCCUUUAUUUGUGUAUGCUUUUUAUUAUGAAUGA